GACAUUUGCGGUCUGCUACUGAAAAUUCUACAGCCAUUCAAGUCGGUUUAGUUUAAAGCACUGGAAGAAAUGCCGCAUACGGAUAUUAGAUUUCACUUUUCCUAAUGCAGUAAUAGCUCGCUUGAGCAUUAUGGACACUUGACGGGACGUUACUGUAUAUCGCUGUUCCCCGGUUUUUCAUUUCUACAGGUGCUGGCUCUAACACUAGUGUUUUCAGUUGUUACAAACCAUGCUGCAAACCAAACGAAGACCAGUUUCUUCUUAAACAUAGCCUCGAAAUCUCACUAUUAUCACUGGAUGAAGUGUGUAGAAUGAUCAAUAGUUCAUGGACAUAACAGAAGAUUGGAUAAAGAGCAGAGUAAAACUUGCCGGGGAGAAUUACGCUAACGUGAAGACACUAAUACUACAGGGGACCUACGAUGCGAAAAUCCUCAACCUGGGAAACUCUUUGUUACGUUUCACUCGACUGAAAAUUUUGGACCUAUCACGAAAUCUGCUGAAAAGUACCAAAGGAAUUGAACAUAUCUACACGUUGGAAGUACUUAACCUGUACUACAACUCAAUAGAAAAUCUGAUGGAAACUUCUUUCAAUUGCCUGUAUGAUUACAUUCUCGCUUCGCUUGAUGUCCUGUCCGCACAACCACAGGUUCAACGGUUUGCGGACAAUAUGGUCGACAAACGAGAUUCUGGAGAGCCACACGACCAUCCUCUUUCCACGCAUGACAAGUCGGAUAUCCAUCGUGAUGUGACCUCGACGGAACCUUCUUCCGCCGAACCUGGGAACCAUAGAAGUGGAUUACAUGAUGCACCGGUCAAUGAUUUAAUUAAGUCUAUUUCAGAUCGCGCGUUAUUCACUCUGUUGAAGAAUUGGAUUCAAGAAGCCGUGUCAGAAAGCUUCGCUCGCCAUGCAAGAUCAAACCCCUCUUCCGUGCUAAAAGAUACGGAUUCGGUAUCAAGGAAUGAAGAUCACGAUACUCGUUCCGACCACUUUCAAUUCUACAAGCCAGCCGCAGGUCUGAAGAUAAAAACUGCAUCCGAGUAUGGACCGGUCGUGGAGAACAGAAAACUCCAUUUCAUGGAGGAUCGCGACACUUCAAGACAAGUUAAAGCUCUUGAAGAGGAGAAUUCUCGGUUGGCGAUGGAAGUUAGAGUGUUGAGGAGCAGGCUUCAGAAGUACGAACAGGCUCACCGACGUGACCGCACAUUGUUAGUUCCCAAUUCAUCAUCGAAUAUGGACAAUCCCCCGAACAGAUCGCUUGUCCCGGAUGUGCCCACAGGAAAAUAUUUCUCCGCAUUUGCCACACCUGGCCUAUACCCAAUCGAUAGAUGCCUACAACCCACCUCCCACACUUCCAGUGGAUAUCUGACAGGAAGUAGUGUUUUCAGUGUCUAUGGAAACAAGCCGAAGCCUUGGAUAUCAGACACGCCGAAACCCUCUCCAUCAACCUGAGGAUCCAUACCCGACAAUUUCUAUCUUCUUGUAUGAAUUUCUUCUAUCAUUUGGUUUCCACGCUUAAUCAACUACGUCUAUUCUAAAGCAGAUCGAGAGCGUUUCUCAGCUAAGCGAAGAGCAAGCCGUAAUAACGCAUUUGCUUCGCCAUUUUACUUCCACGGUGUCACUUGUUAUUGACGUUGUAUCCCUGCAUAGCUAAAUAUCAUUCUAAUACUACACUUUCUUAUCUCAGGAAACUGUGCUUGUCACACUGAUUGUGUGCAUGCCAAUUGCAUUAUGCCCCAUCUUUCUUUUAUUUUGAACGAUCUUUUUAUCCCUAUCCUGAUGCACACUAGAUAUGAUCACGAAAUAUACAAAGAAGUUUUU